AUGCCUCCAGCCAAGGCACAGAAAAGGGAUGCCACGGAGCUCACCAAGAAAUUCAAGUGCUCUCAAUGCGAUAGGACGUUCACCCGGGCAGAGCACCGGGCCCGACACGAACUGAGCCAUAGUGACCGACGACCGUUCCGAUGCAAAGAGUGCUCGAGCACGUUUGUUCGACGUGAUUUGCUGCUCAGGCAUAACCGGACUGUCCAUGCCCCGCCCGAGGUCAAGUCCGCCAAGGCACAUAGCCGGGCGGCCUCUCGCCAAGAAGCACAACAACAUCUCAUGGCAGCUCACGCACCCCCACCUUCGAAACCAGAGCUAUAUGGUCCAAAUCAGAUGGGAAUAUAUGGCCGAACACCGGCUCACAUGUAUGCCCAGGCUGGGGCGUGGCACCAGAAUGGUGCAAAUGGCACAAACGGAAUGACUGCCACCACACCUGGGCCCGCGCCAAAUCAAGGUGUGAUGUACUAUGGCUCCACUCCUCAGGCCCAGGCGAAAAAUGGUGAUUCCUCUCGUCAACUGCAAGAAGUGUCCACUGCAAUGUUCAUGACCGAAAUGCAUAACUCCCCAAUCGCGAUGCCCAAAUCCCAACCGGCCACCCCGGGUGCAUCAGGGGGCCCUUUAGCGCCUCUAGUUGCACCGCCUUUACCGCAGCAAGGAAAUAUGGGAAUUCCCGUGCAAUCUAACGGUGUGAUGAACAGCCAGUCAUCCAUGCCUCUUUUACAACCUUUCAACAGGGUUAUAAGCUCAGAGAGCGGGCAGUCCUAUUCGAACGCCGAUUCCGCCAUGGCGGCUAUGCGGCAAGAGCAGCUCCCUCCGCUCACAUCUAAAGAAAUUCAGGCGAUAUCUCAAGUUUUCACCGAAGGAUUCAAAAUGAACAAUUUGGACAUGACCCAGGAGGGGGGCCCCUUCUCCUAUGAUACCCACAACACAGUCGGUGCAGCAAGUGUCGAAGCAGAGAACAGUAUACGAAGUUCAGACGAUAUUGCUUCUCUUGACGAAAUCGAUAUUAUCACUAUUCCUCAGCUUGAGCCUGAGAUGGACAUUUUACACCUGACAAGAGACCUUCGCCAACAUCCGUCGGCUUUCGGCGGAGUUGGUAUGAUCCCUUCAAGAGGCCAGCUGGCUCGUUAUUUGGCAGUGUAUUUCAAUUUUGUUCACCCAUUGUUACCUUUAUUACACCCGCAGUCGUUUCAGUGCAGCCAAGCCCCUCCGGCUUUAAUAUACGCAAUCUGUGCAUUGGGUGCUACCACCUGUCACGAAAAAUCGAUGGCGCAGCUUUUGAGUUAUAACUGUCGUCUUCUUGUCACAAUCACUUCCCAAAAGGAACAGAACGAUCGGCUCACCUCUGUGCCGUUGGGGAUCACUCAAGCCAUGUGUUUACUACUACUUAUUGCGACAUUCAGUGGUGACCGGGGCGCUCUAGACCUGGCAAGUAAUCUGUCAGUGAAUCUGAUUCAGAACAGUUUGGCAAUGGUCCAAGACGUGCAUGUUUUGAAAUCCCCCCGGGGCAACACACCGCGUUCAACCUGGAUUCAACGUGAGGAGAUCAUUCGCGCAUUCUGGAUGGCAUUCGUUACCAUUGGCCUGCUACAUGCUCACUGUGGGCUGCCUAUUUGCUUGCCCCAGGAGCGGAUCCCUCCAGAUAUGCCCCUUCCGGCGUGCGAAGUUCUUUGGAAUGCUACAUUCACUCGGGAAGAAGAUUGGCAGUACUACUACGAUCACUUCACAUCUGAGCAGCCCCAAACAACUUUUGGAGAACUCAUGGAACAUAUUAAGAACGGUAAAACUAAUGAGUUCCCCAGCAGUCUGUCCCCUUUUGCCCUCCGGGUUCUUGCGGUCUCUAUCUCUUUACUUCCAAACAAAGACCUCGUACAAAACGGAAUCUUGCUUUGGGCACACACAACAAGUGAUAUUGCCCCAGGACGUGGUCAGGGUGGUCUAUCUACCAGAGCAGGAAGACCCUAUUCACAAAUGGUGUCAGCUAUGGGGCUUAGAGACCCCGCUAUGAACAGCGGAUCACGCCUUAUCAAUGCCAUUAAUGCCAGCCUGCACCCGCUAAUUUUGACAACCUAUGCCAUGAUCGACAGCUCUUUCAUCUCCACUGUUGUAGACAUGACGCUGUGGCGGAGCAACUUGGGCCACCUAGACGCACAAGCCAUUGCCCAAGCAGCCUACGACCUAGCCUCCAGACCCAUGGAUACGUCCCAACUUACACGGCUGUUGCCAAUGGCUGUUCGCACGGUUGACUUAAUUACGUCUAUGAUAGCUUUGGGUCCGCAUCUGUUGGCGGUUGUCAUGGCAGCACCUAUGUCUCUGUACAUUUCACAUCUGUUUAUUCUCACUAUCGAAGAGGUAAUUGUCACAGUCGUGUGGUUCCAUCGAAUCAGCAGACUACCUCGAUCUUCGCUUACCCCCGAUCAGCUUCGAGUGCUGGCCUGGACCGAGAUGGCCUCGCAAAAAGUUGGCAUUCACCCCAUUGAGAACUCUAUGGGAAUUGGCAUUGCUGAUGCAGCAGCCCGUUGCUACGAAGCAGUAAAGCCGUGGGUCACAUGCGAAAUCAUAGCUGUCUCAAUCCGGAUCCUGAUAAGUCACCUAACUGCGUAG